AUUAUAGAGAGCUUUCAGAGAGAAGUGACGCAUGACAGCGAAUCUCUGAACUAUAAAACCAGUCUGAAAGUUUCUCACCACGCAAACUGGUGUGGUUUAACUGGUAAAAAAAGUGCGCGGCUCCUGAGUGACACUCGCUGCUGUUGUUUUUCCUCCGCGCUUCACUCCUGUGUUGUUCAGCAGUUCUUCGGUGUGUGUGUGAGCAUCAGUGUUUCAGUCUCUCCACACGCACACACUGUAGCGGUCAGGAUGGUGCUGUUGAAGAGUUUACCUCCACCCAGCGAGGGCGUGCGACUCCAGCAGGCCGAAACCACCGCGGUCCUGGACGGGAAGAGGCUCGGAUUGGGGACCCUGUUCGUAGCGGAGGCACAGCUGUCCUGGUUUGAUGGAUCAGGGAUGGGUUUCUGUCUUGAAUAUCCGACCAUCAGCCUCCACGCAAUCUCACGAGAUCUCAGCGCCUUUCCAGAAGAGCACCUGUAUGUGAUGGUCAAUGCCAAACUGGACGAUGAAGGGGAAGCAGCGCCGCUGGAGAAAGAUCCAGAUGAAGAAGAUGAGGAUGAAGAGGACAGUGAUAGUGAAAGCUCAGGAGAGAUCACGGAGAUCCGCUUCGUGCCCAGUGAUAAAGCUGCAUUGGAGCCCAUGUUCAGUGCCAUGUGUGACUGUCAGGCUCUUCAUCCAGACCCAGACGACGCAGACAGUGAGGAUGAUGAUGAUUAUGAAGGAGAGGAGUAUGACGUCGAGGAGGCCGAGCAGGAACAGGCUCAGGCUCACGGUGACAUUCCCUCCUUCUACACCUAUGAGGAGGGUUUGUCUCACCUGACGGCGGAGGGUCAGGCCACGCUGGAGCGUCUGGAAGGCAUGUUGGCGCAGUCCGUCGCCCAGCAGUACCACAUGGCAGGAGUUCGCACAGAGGAGCCCGAUGCACAGUUUGAAGAUGGAAUGGAGGUCGACUCCAACACAGUCGCUGGACAGUUUGAUGACGCAGACGUGGAUCACUGAUGAACGGAGUCUCUGUGCAGCUGACUGAAGCACUUCAGUGGGGCAUGCUGGCUACUGGCUGACUGACCCACAUCUCACAGCUCUUGCAGCAUUUAAUGGACUGUUUUACACCUCGGCCAUCAUUUCCAGCAGACGCAGCCAUGUGUAGGUCAUGCUAAUAUAAUUUCUAGUUUUCCCUAAAGACCAACUUCAAGAAUUGUUCUCCUCAGCGGAGCCAUGUUCACAUGUUUGUUAGAGAUUUCAAUAAAUACUGCCUUUUUU